AGUUAUCCGUGGUGUCAAAAAAUUUGCUGUGGACUGUGGUUAUUUUGCUUGAGAAACCUUAAGUUUAUUUUGUCCAAAAUUUUGUAAUCAUUUUCAGACUCCAUUCCAAUUUUUUACUCUAGGUAAAGGUACAGGAAUAAGAUUAUAAAAUAUUUGCAGCUUUUCUGAGCCUUUAUUUAAACGGCCUAUUUCAAGCCAUUAGCGGCAUUUUGCUAAUGGUGCAUACCUAACAUAAACUUGAGAUGAGAUUAAUCUAUUAAACCCAAUAAAAGUCAAUAGGUCAUUUUGGGGCUACAUCACAACCAAAGAUAUCCAUUUCAAUCAAAAAGCGCUCGAAACAAUCAAGUCUCUAUACUUAUAUGGAAUAAAGUCUUUGUUUGUCCACCACGACAAUUUGGCCAACAUCUCAAAUCACGUAACUCGAAAUGACUGUCAGUUAACUAACGUGAAUACGUAGAAAACAGAAAACGUUUAAUACAGAAUUUAUUAAAUAAUGAAUAAGCUAUUUAACUUACCUUAAAUUCGAUGAAUUUAACUGAUUUUUCAAUUUAUACGUUGGUGACACUGUUAAAUACUCGAACUCUGUUCUGUGCUCAGACCCAUAAAAAGAAAAAUAUAAACACAAAAGGUGCUAUAAUUUAUAGAUAUAUAAGUAAUCUGUCAAUUUUAGUAUCUAAAACAUAAAAAAAUAAGGUACUAAAAUAUUCAAUUGGUAAUCGAGUAUGAGAAAAAGCAAUUGUCAUAACCUGAUAAUGAAUUAUCUACUGUCAAUAUCGAAGUUAAAAAGUAAUAUGUUCGUUUACAAGUAUGUCUAGUUUACAUUUGAAGGAAUUGUUUCCUUCAAAAUUUAGUUUUAUUAUAUUUGUGGGCUACAUAUUUUUAUUUGUAAACCAAGGUAUACUCGUUACUGCUUCACAACAGUCUGAUAAUAAUUAUAAUUACAAUAUAGUGACGGUGGUACUACUAACCGAGGUUUUAAAGUUAGUGGUUUCAUCACUCUUAUACUGUAGGGAAAAUUCCGCCACAAAUCUAGUUACAGAAAUUGUAACAAAUAAAAACGUUCUGAUACUUUAUUUCAUCCCUGCAUUUUUAUACUGUUUGUAUAAUAAUUUGGCAUUUUGGAAUUUAUCUUCCUUUGACCCAACAACGUAUUACUUGUUGCUACAGUUGAGAGUUGUAAUUACAGGUAUUCUUUUUCAGGUGAUUUUUAAGAAGAUUUUAAGCCGAACUCAAUGGAUUUCCCUUUUAAUUUUGACGUUAGGAUGUAUGAUGAAACAAAUUAAUUUUCCUAUCAAUUCAAUACCAAUCAGUGACAGUGUUAAAAAAGCGACAUCGGUUUCUUUAGGAUUAGAUGCUAUUUUCAUAUUCACUCAAAUAAUAUGUUCUUGUCUGGCUGGGGUCUACAACGAAUAUCUUUUAAAAAAUCGUGGUGCCUCUGUAAAUAUUUUUGUACAGAAUGUAUUUAUGUACUUGGAUUCUAUAGUGUGUAACGUACUAAUACUUAUUUUGAAUGGAACUGUAAUUCAAGCAUUUACUUAUGAAAAUAUCGCCAAAGUUUUCACCUAUAAAGUGUUACUAGUGAUGAUAAAUAAUGCCGCUAUCGGAAUAAUAACUAGUUUUUUUUUAAAAACGUUAAACUCUAUAUUGAAAACAUUCGCAAGCGCUUUGGAAUUAAUUUUUACUGCUUUGUUAAGUUAUUUGUUAUUUGAUAUACCGAUAUAUGUUAACACAGUAUUAAGUAUUGGGACUGUUUUAUUAGCUACAUUUUUGUAUUCACAAAACCCUGUGCAUAAUCCCCCUAAACCAACCUCUGUUGAUAAAGAGAAAUUAUUACAAAUAGAAGAAGUGUGAUACCAGUUAGUUUAUAUUUGUUAUCGAUAAAAUAAACCAAGUUCAAUCCUAAACAAUUUUAAUUUUACCACCUUGAAAAGCUGACAACUUUGCUAAUAAAGAGAUGUAGUUUUAUGAGAUGAUACUGGAAAGAAGUACGUCUUUUUAGCUGGGCAUUUUAUUCAUAACUAUUCGACUUGUUAAACCUUGUCCUGUCUUAACUAUUAAUAAUGGAUUCGAAUUGGUAUAAUCUUCUAAGGCUGCCUGCACAUCUGUUACUUUUGGCAAUUCUUAGUUCGAUUCCCUUUUCUUCUUGACAUUUAUUCAUACUAUGAAAUCAAACUAAAUAUUUAUUCUUUAUUGUUAAAUUUUUCAUCUUCUACUGCAUUCUUUCAACUCGCAAACAUUAAUUUGGCUGUAAAGCCACAUGUACGAUUUUUUAAGAAUUGUGCUCUCAGAGAUCGGCGCGUACAAUGUAUAUAUUAUAUUAGAUAUGUAAAAUUAAUUACAAGAAACUCUAAAAUAUGAAAAUAUUCUUACCUUGUUUAAAAUAUAAAUUAUUAUGGAAAAAUGAAUGAAAUCAAAACUACAAUUAGGAACAUUAUUUUUAUAUAAUAUUUAAUAUUAAACUGACAAGUUUAUAGUAUUUUUAUGGUUUGCCUAAAACUGCACUUGUCUUCUAAAAUGAUGUUGAAGCAAUGAAUUAUUUUUAGUUCCCAUCUUCAUGUUAUAUUUAGACUGGAUUCUUUUCAAGAAGUGGAUAUCUCUAGCUUUUCUGCAAUAAGUAAUAAAUAGAUUAACAGUGUUAUAUGAAAAUUCAUCCACGCAGAUUAACAAAAACGAUUACUUAGAUUGAACAAUAAUAAUUAUACUAUUGUUCAAAUCUAUAUGAAAAAAAGGAGGUUAAUAAUAUUAAAGAUAGAUCGGAAUAUAAGUGGAAUUCUAGUAUUGGAAGAGAGAGAAAGACCAUCGGGUUAGCAUUCUAUAUCUCUACUCGCUUCUGAUUGGUAUUGUAUGAUACCAGCAUUUUGGUCCGUGGAGUACAAAUUAAAUUUAUGUAGAAAAUGGUUUUGAAUAAACUUUAAUAAUUUAAACAAUGAACUUGACUGGAUUUUGUACAGCGUGUAAGAAGAGACCAAGUUUACACCAGUUAGUUGUUAAAGUCACAUAUUGAGGCACUGCUGAUAAUCAUAAAUUCAUUAUUGAUUUUGAUCAAUUAUGAGCUAGCGUGGCACACAAUUUGAACAGAGUUUCACACCCCAAUAUUCAUUCAUGAUAUGUCCAACACUUUCUUGGGAUAUAUUUAGGGUCUCAGCUAUCUCAAUCAGCUUCCAAAAUUAUUUUGUGGAUUUUCAAUCAGUGACAGUAAUAUUAUUAGUAUUUAUUGAUUUGAAAUCAGCUAUGACAAAUUAGUUCAUUUUGACAAUAAUAGAGGAAAAUACCUAGAGUCAAUAAAUAAGUAGUUUAUAAAGAAUAGAUAAAUGGAAGGUUCAUGCCAGAUUUUUUGUUUAUAAGUGUUAUAAAAAAAUCAUUGUCACUUACUUGGCAGCUGCUGCUUGUUGAGUUUCGGUCCAACCUAAUGAUCUAUAUUGUGCUAAAACUUUAUGUAGUUUUUUAUUAUUUCUAGAUGGGACCACAGCAAGAGCUCUAUUAGGAUUGAGACUUUGUUUAUAAUACUUCAUAAGACUUCGAUGGCCGACAGUUAUUCCAGAUGGUAGCACUAGCUGAUAAUCUGAACCAUCUAAUUCUGGUACUUCAACCUAAAAACGUUGAGUGAAUAAAUUUAUUUGAGUAUACUACUACACAAAUAACCAGAGUGAGAA